AUGAUGAGCGACCUUCGAGCUUGGCUACGCAAGCAAGCUCACAUGCUCGAGCAUAACGACGAGCGUGUACUGCAAUGCAGCGAUGGAUUCGGACGCCAAGUUAGCAAAGACUCUGCGGCGACGACGGCUUCUCAGCGGGCAGCUCUUACGCAAGAUGCAGGGUUCCUGAGACAACGAAGUGGCAGCGAUGCCUUCGGUCGUCAAAUCAGCAAAGAAUCCUCGACGCAAGGCGGCAAGGCCAUGGCGUCCGACGUGCAGGAGUUCCAGCAACCCACACUUCUCACUUCCCUUCCGCGAGCUGAGACAGCCAGCCCGAAGUGGCGUGUCGACUGCGAGGUGUACGGGAGCCCCACACUGAUGCCGCACCUGGAGGAGCUCGAAAGUGGGAUAUAUCAAUCCGGCCAGCGCGAGAGUUCUCUGCUCUCCACCAUGAGCCUCUUCACAAACUACUCGAAGCGAAGCUGUGGCCGCGCCUUUCUGCAGAGAGUCGUGGACUCCGCGAAGUUUGAGUUCCUUUGUGGGCUGUUGAUCUUGGCGAACUCGGUUCUGCUUGGGGCCACCAUUCAUUGGCAAGCGCGCCACCGCACAACCGGCAUGCCGGACGUCAUGCAUGCAGUGAGCUUUGCUUUCAAUGCUUUCUUCGUGUUGGAGCUCUGCGCUCGGCUUGCUGCCUACGGGUGCCGAGCAUUCUUCUGCACAUCGAGCAACUACAAGAUCAAUUGGUUCGAUACGGUCAUCGUAUUGGCGAUCCUGCCUCAGCUCGUCGCGGAUGUGUCGAGCAUGGAUGCAACCAAGUUUUCACAUCAUGGCAGCAACUUGCGCGUCCUGCGAGCUCUCCGGCUUGUCCGACUUCUCCGACUUGUUCGAUUACUGCGUAUUGUGCGGUUCUCCCGAUCACUCCAGACCCUUCUCCAUUCCAUCUUCGUGACUCUUCGAGACCUGUUUUGGGCGAUGCUGCUUCUGGCUCUGUUGGUUUACAUGUUCGCCGCAGCUUUCACAGAGGCUGUAAAUCGUGCACUGGUCACCUCUCCUGACGCCUUUUUGCCGGAGGAGGCCGCUGCACUGGCAAGGCUCUUUGGAGACCUGCAGCUGUCCAUCCACACCUUGUUCAUGUCCAUCGCUGGUGGUCUGUCGUGGGUCGAGGCCACGAAUGCGCUUCAACGGAUCAGCUGGUGCUGGGUCUACCUCUUCUGCUCGUACGUGGCCUUCAGUUUAUUCGCCGUCCUCAACGUGAUGACAGGUGUCUUCUGCAAUUCUGCGAUCAAGGGUGCAGAGAAGGACCAGGAGAUGGCUGUGCAGGCGCUGAUGGUCGACAAGCAUGAGCUCAAGAACGUAUUGACCAAGCUCUUCCGGGACAUGGAUGUGAAUGACGAUGGCUCUGUAUGCUACAAGGAGUUCAAGCAGUGCAUGCAGGACGAGAAGGUGAAGAACCUUUUCGAAGCCUUGGACCUCGGUGCCGGGGAUGCGAAGCAGCUUUUCAAGAUUUUGGAUGUCAACAAGGAUAACUUGCUUGGGGUGGACGAGUUCCUGGACGGCUGCACGAAGAUCCAAGGGAAUGCAAAAGCUAUUGAUCUCUUUGAGCUCAGUAUGCAAACCGGCAAGCUGCGAAAGCAGAUCCAUGAAAAUAGCAUGGCGCAGAGGAUACUGAUGGCCAAGAUGGAUCUCAUUGCGACGAAGCUGAAGACUCGAAAUCCCACACUUGCCAAUUCGACUUACUUGUAA